AUGGUGGCUUGUAGGCGGAUGUGUCUCAGACCUAAGUUUUUGCCGCUGGACCGUGGUUACAUUCAUCCUAGCUUGGAGGCAACGGUGUGGGUGGGUAUGCAUGUGCAAGGCGAAGAAGUGGACAAAGGCCGACGAAGCAAUCUCUGCCUCCCUAUCACUGCGUCCUACUCCUCAAUAUGUCACCUUAGUCAUGGCCGCCUUAUCCCUCAUGCUGCUGAUUUGAACCUGCCCUACUCUUCUUCUCCUAGGCUGCUCAAGCGCUUCGGCGGGUGCCUCGCCGAUGACACGGAAGGAAGGAUCAGAAGUGACGGCUAUAGCGCCAGGAAUUUGGAAACCAUAGCAAUUGAUCUUCUUUAUAAAACGUCUGUGGCAAGGGACGUGGAACCUGCUUCAGGCAAGAAGAGAUGGAUCAUGUGA